CCGGGCAGGAAAGUGACUCUGCACCAACGGCCCCUCCUCGCCCCAGCUCCGCUCCCGGGGGCGGGGGUCUGCGAGUCCCAGAGCUGCUGCCCUCCCUAACCCCCCCAGGCUCUGCCUCCCUGAGCGCCUGCAGGACCCGAGCCAGUUCCGGGAAAGCGAACGCCCCGGGCCGGGGGAGGGACCGAAUCUUCCAGCCCGAGGGGUGAGGGCAGGAGGGAGACAGGGGAGAGACUGGCAGAGGCAGCGGGAGACUUUCCUGGGACACGGUGAGGGGCAGGGAGAGGAAAAGCCAGUUCCUGCCUCUGCCUAGUCCCUGUGCUGCUGGGGGGAUGCGCUGCCCUGGGGACAGUGUCAGGGGAAAUCUCUCAAAGUGGAUUCUUUAAUCAUUAUAGCUGGAGCACAGAGUGACACUGACAGUUAGCGUUGGCUGCACAAUUUCAGACUAAAGGAGCCUCUUCAGUUGCUUAUAACAUCCUCACAGUUACUAGAUGCAUCUGGCCUCUCAUGUAGUCUGGCAAUUGCUAUGUUUAUCUUUAUAGUUUCUGUCCUCUGUAAAUUUAUUUUGGAAAGUCUGAUAAGAAGCCAAUUAGUCUGUUAAUGAAAAGGGAAUGGGAACAAGAGCAAGUUACAAUUUUACCAUUACAAAAAGGAUUGUUUCUUUUUAAUCAGUUCUAGUGCUUUAAGAAUUUAGACUAGACAUUUUACAUUGACAAAGAAGGAAUUCCUAUGUCAGACACAGUUCUCUCUCCAGUCUGGCAAAAUCUCUUUUGCUGGAGACUUUUUAGAGAAUGUAGGAAACAGCCACAAAUGUGAUUAAUGGGUGGGGAAAAAAUCCUUACAUUGAGAAACAUCAAGAGCUCAAUAUGUUAGUUUAUCAUAAAAAAUAAAUAUAUUGGAAGACUGGGAGGUGACUUGAUUACACUGUAUGAGUACCUUCAGGGACAGAAAAUAGUGGUAAUAAAGGGCUUUUUACUCUAGUGGAUAAAGGCCCAACAUAAGCUGGUAUCUGGAUGCUGAAGCCAGAUAAAUCCAAUUAGAAAUUAAGCAUAAAUUUUAAUAGUGAAGGUGAUUAACCACUGGAACAAAUUACCAAAGAAGUGGUAGAUUCUCUUGAUGUCUUCAAAUCAACACUGGAUAACUUCUAGAAAAUAUGUUUUGCCAAACAUAGGUCUUUCGGGAGAUGCAAGGUCAUCCAAUCCAUGGAAAGACAGGGAAGGGAAAUGGCUGCAGUGGAGCCAGUGACCUUUGAGGAGGUGGCUGUGUAUUUCUCCGAGGAGGAAUGGGCUGUGCUGGACCUGGGUCAGAGAGCCCUCUACAAGGAUGUGAUGCGGGAGAAUUAUGAGACUGUGACCUCGCUGGGAUUUCCAGUUUCCAAACCCAGUGUGACCUCCUGGCUGGAACGAGAGGAAAAACUGUGGGUCCCCAGUCUCCAGGAAUGGGAGAUACGGAGAGAUGCCUAUACAGCAGGUGAGAGGAUGGUAAAUGAGAACAAGGAGGAGAAUCAGGAAUAUCCUGAGCAAUUGGAACCACACAGGACAUCAGAAAGAUCUGAAGGGGAGGCUUCCCAGAUUCCUGAGCAUGGAGAUGCUGCCCCUCUGGCCUGCACUGACUUUUGCAUGCAAGAAUACCAGCUGGGGCAGAGACAGUGUAAAUCCUCUAACCAGAAAAUAUGGGUUAAGAAAAACAAAGACAUGGUUCAACAGAGAAUCCCCACUGGUAAGACACCCUACACAUGCGGUGACUGUAGGAAAAGUUUCCGGUGCAGAUCACAACUUACUAGACACCAGAGAACCCAUACAGGAGAGAGACCCUACACGUGCCUGGACUGUGGGAAAAGAUUCAAACAGAGCUCAGCCCUAAUUACACAUCGUACAGUCCACGAACGAAAGAAGACCUAUAACUGCCUUGAUUGUGGGAAGAGCUUCAGUCGGAGCUCAACCCUUAUUCAGCAUCAAAGAAUCCACACAGGAGAGAAACCUUAUGAAUGCAGUGAGUGUGGGAAAAGCUUCCGUGUGAGCUCAAAUCUUCUAUCACAUCAGAGAACCCACACGGGGGAGAAACCCUAUGAAUGCCCUACUUGCGGGAAAAGCUUCAUUCAGAGCUCAAACCUUCUAUCACAUCAGAGAACCCAUACAGGAGAGAGACCCUACCAAUGCAAUGAGUGUGGGAAAAGCUUCAGUCAAAGUUCGUCGCUUAUUAAGCAUCAGAGAAUUCACACAGGAGAGAAACCCUAUAGCUGCCCGGACUGUGGGAAAAGCUUCAGUUACAGUGUAGAACUCAAUGAUCAUCAGAGAACCCAUACAGGGGAGAGACCCUACAAAUGCAAUGAGUGUGGGAAAAGCUUUAGUUGCCUCUCUCACCUUCGAUCACAUCAUACAACCCACACAGGAGAGAAACCGUAUAACUGCCCUGAAUGUGGGAACAGCUUCACUCGCAGGUCAACCCUUACUACUCACCAGAGGAUCCACACAGGGGAGAAACCCUUUAAGUGCUCCGAAUGUGGAAAAAGCUUCCGUGCAAGCUCAGCCCUUUCUGAACAUCAAAGAAUCCACAGUGGAGAGAGACCCUACAAGUGUCUUCACUGUGGGAAAAGUUUCUAUAACAACUCAGCCCUUUCUAAUCACCAGAGAUCUCACACAGGUGAGAGACCUUACACAUGCAAUGAGUGUGGGAAAAGCUUUAGAAGCAGCUCACAUCUUCUGUCACAUAAGAGACUCCACAGUGGUGAGAAACCCUAUAAGUGCACUGAUUGUGGGAAAGACUUCCGGCACAGCUCAAACCUCAGUACACAUAAGAGAAUCCACAUAGGACACACACCCUAGAAAUGUCCUGGCUAGGAUUGGGCCAAGUGAAGGACACCUUUUCCAAUUCCCAUGAAUCUUAAAGAGUCAGGCCAGGCUGGAGUGGCCAUGUAACUAGGACAUGAAAUGUUUAUUAAAGCAGAAAAUGAAAUCAUCUUCCUGGGACAGAGCCAUGAAGAGCAAGAGGCUGAGAUAAGAUUUGCACAUUGUGACAGCAUUUGAUUAUGACUUAUCAAGAAACUGUGAACAUCCUCCUUCAUCUCCCAGUUUUACUUUUGAUGUUAUCACAGGGGUAGUCAAUUAUUUUUGUCAAGGUCCACAUUUCUUGGUCAAGGUUCAGGCUUCAGAGAAAAUAAUAAAAAACAACAAUAAUGAUAAUCAUUAGUAAAUAAAAAGAUUUGGGGGCCCAUUCAAAAGUUUCUGGCGGUCCAGAUUUGGCCCAUGGUUGACCUAUUGACUACCCCCACCUAGAACCAGCUUCAUCUGAUAGAAUGUAACUUCUAAUUUAUACUUGAUAGUGUUUUAGACCUGGAUGCUCCAAGGGACUGAGGCGCUGUGACACUGAGGAUUGCAAUGCCUAAUUUUUAGGCACCUAGAAAAUCACAGGAAUGACACUGGGAUCCACAAAGCCUGAAUUAGUAGCCUAGACUCCAUAGAAAAUGAAUGGGGUGAGAUAGGCAUUUUAGAUUGUGAUUCAUAAAGGCCAGCAGGUGGGGAGCCACCAAAGCUAGCCAAUGGGACAUGCCAAUGAAAGUAGUGUGGUCUAAGCCUCAUCCCUCUCUCAGAGAUAGGCUCCUCUUUGGUCUUGCAAUUCAUGAUGGGUCAUGUUCUGUUAGGCAUGUUCAGAGGCCAUGUAACACAGCACAAAACAACGGGGGAUUGAGGAGGAGAAAGACAACCUUCUUCGUAACCUUUAGCACAGAUGUGGAAGACCCUUAGAUCAAGUCCCCCCUCCACCUGAAUUUGAACAUGGAUCUGCCAACUCUCAGAGGAGUACCCUAGCCACAGAGCUAGUCUGGCUGUGGGACUCACUCAGUCUAUCCCAGUAAAACAGUUCCACUGUAUAUAAAUACUUAGUCACUGGGCCAGAGAGAGAGAGUGAGACUAAGUCAAUAGUCUUGUGGUGAGGACACCCACCUGUCAGGUGGAAACCUUGUCUCCAGUUCCUUUGCUUUAAUGACUCCUUACAUUGACAUUAUCCUAACUUCCACCAUGAAGAAGAAGACUGCACACUGAACAAUGGAACGAAGGAUGAGAAAUUCCACUUACUAGUGGAAGUGCAGAAAGAUUUCAAUGCUUAUUGCUAAAAUUCUAUAGGGAAUUUCUGUGCUUCAAAGGAAGUCAGAAUUUGGCCUUGGAGAGAAUAAUUAUUGUUUUCCUAGAACACAGAACCCAUUAGAGUUCAGUUCUAUUCCAUAAAACCAAACUCUUGGGCUCUUAGGUUUAUGUAUGAUUUUGGUAUUUUCCAGUUAAGAGCGCCUAACAACUUACAUCCAACUAUAAAAUAUUUCCUAAUUUCAAAUGGUGCAAAAGAAAAGAAUUUCACUAUCAAUAGUGAUUAAAAAAAUCAAGCCUUAAAGCAGUUUAAGAUUGGAGGAAAUACUCCCAAGAGUAUAACUGGGCUAAUAGAAUUUGAAAAUUACAACAUUGUAACUAAGCCUUUGUCUACACUAGCACUUUUGUCAGCAAAAAUUUUGUGGGUCAGGGGUGUGAAAAAAACACACCCCUGACCGACAUAAGUCUCACCGACAGACAUGCUUGUAUGGACAGCACUAUGUCGGUGGAGACGCUCUCCCGCCGACGUAGCUACCACCGCUCGUUGGGGGUGGUUUAGUUAUGUUGGCAGGAAAGCUCUUUCCUGCCGGCAUUGACUGUCUAUACAGGAGACUUUACAGCAGUGCAGCUGCUGCAGUACAGCUGGGCCGCUGUAAGGUCUGUAGUGAAGGCAUAGACUGAAACUGAGCUGGUGCUGAUUAAACCGCAUGCUUUCCGCUGUAGCUGCCAGAGUUAUUCUUCACACCUUGUGUGUGUGAUGGUGAUGUCACCUCACUUAGUUUACUGCUUAAUAGAGCUACCCUUCAAAUCUUUUUGGUUUGAUGAGGACAUAACUAAAGUUCAACUGUUCUUAUUGUGUUAUCAUAUCUAUGGAAAUUCAUUGAUUUGUUUGCUUUCAGCUCAGUUCCUAACUGUAACUGCUACUGAGAACUUGUAACUUUGUUGUUCACUGUUCUACUCUGUCCUGUAUUUUACACUUAACCCCUGUGACUGUUCUGUUUUUACAGGUGUGAGUGACAAUUACUUGCAAGUCCUUUGGUCUCUCACCCUUGUAUCAUUACUUUGUAUGUGUGAGUGAGGAAAUUGUCUUCUAACUUCAGAAUCUCACUACAAUCUUUAUUUGUGUGUGUUCUAAACUUCAGAAUACUUUUAUGCUAAUUUCAGUUGUGUUGUGUAUUUUUAACUACAGAGUAAUAUAAUGUGUUAAUACCUCAUGCUACACAAUAGUCUCAUUCCAAUCUUGGUUUAUGAAUUUAACUAGUUCCUAUUUUCUUUGUCUACUUUAAAUACCAAAAGCAGGGUACUUUAUGAUAGUUCUCUUUCUGUAUAUGAACGUUAGUGUUUUUCUGUGGAAUUAUCUUUAACAAUCUUCUUUCUAUUAACUCAAACACCAAAAUCUCUCCCUGCAGUACACUAUCUGCCUAUCAACUUGCUAAGAACACUCCCUAAACCUGCCUGAUUAACUUUAAUUUGAAAACUUUGAUUACUCAAAUUACUUUCUGAUCUUUCAUACUUAUAAAAUUGCCUAUUAAUUCCAUAAAAUCUGAGCUAAUCUUCUCUGUUUGCACUGUUGCAAGGGACUGGGCUAGAAGACCUCUGGAGGUCCCUUCCAGUCGUAUGAUUUUUGUACCCCAGCUUUUGUAUGUUUCAUUGCAACCAUUUCUAGCUAGAAACGUAUCUAAGCAAUGCUGAAUUUUGAGCUAUAAUAAUUAUAUACAUUUGAAUUUGCCUUCAGAAUGAUGCUUAGCUUCACAAAGUUACCUUCUUAAUACAGAAGUAAAAAGUCAUUGUUUUGCUAGCUUUUGUAAAAUUUACACUUUUCAAUUUGAUUGUCCUAUCCAAUUUAUCUAGUUUUGUCCAAAUACGUUUUUAGUUUAAAAGAUUUAAUAUCAAAUUAAUUAGUUUUAAUCUAGUUAUGUCAUUGAGUUAAUAUUUGGUUAUCUGAUAAUAUUUGUCUACUUGUUGAAUUCUGUUAAUAAUGCUUAGCUACUAGUGAAUUUUAAUUAAGUGAAUAUCAUUGAGUUAAAUGCCCAUAGAUGUUUCAGUUUUAUACUCAGUUUUAUAACACUAGUCCAUUCUAUAUAGUUAACCAAACUUGUUUUAAUUUCUUUUCUGUUUUAGAAUUUCAAGUUUAGUUAAGAGGUUGUUUUAAUAGUUACUACAUUUUAUCAGCCAAUUUAUUUACUUUUUUUUUUUUUUAACCUGGUGAAUCUCAUUCGCAUAAUCCUUGUUCUUUCAAUUGAUUGUUGGUUCCUUCUCUUAUUUUUGCUUACUUAAAUAUGUGUUUCUUUAUUUAAAGUCAAUUUCAAUUGUUUAUUUUGGGACAUCCCUUCGUGUAUAGAAAAAAGAAUCCUUGGUAAAUUUGUAUGCGGUCACUUCCUGAGUGCAGUCUGAUUAAUAACCAUAAUAGAUAAUUC